UCAGUCUCGCGGCCAUUUCGCCCGCGGAUAGUCGCGGUCACGACUCACGUCACCGUGACAGCUUAUUGUCGGUGUUCAGUUAGACUAAAAUAUUUAUUUUAUUGAAAAUAACACAAUAAUCCAACAUCAUGGAUCCCGAGGCAUUCCUAGAUUUGGCCAAUCAGGUCAUAAAACUCAAAAUGUACCCGUAUUUCGAUAUAGCGCAUUCUUUGCUUUGCGCUUUAGCAGUCCGAGAAGAUUUAGGAUCUGGUGCUCAAGCGUUCUCUCGUAAACACCCCCUGUCAUGCUGGUUGUCAACCAUGCUGGUGAUAUUCUCUGGUGGCAUGGUUGUUAACGGCCUUUUGGGGGAACCUAUUCUAGCACCACUGAAAAAUACGCCCCAACUCGUCAUUGGGACUGUAACAUGGUAUAUAGUAUUUUACACGCCCUUCGAGAUAGGUUACAAAGUGGCGAAGUUCCUUCCCGUGAAGAUCACUGCCGCAGCCAUGAAAGAAAUAUACCGUGCCAAAAAAGUAUACGACGGGGUCUCACACGCUGCAAAGUUGUAUCCGAACGCCUAUAUCAUUAUGAUCAUUGUUGGUACUUUAAAGGGCAAUGGUGCUGGAUUCACUAAGCUGGUAGAGCGUCUCAUCCGUGGCGCUUGGACUCCCACCGCCAUGGAGACAAUGCAACCCAGCUUCUACACUAAGGCGUCAUUGGUGGCGUCUAUCAUAUUCGUCUUGGAUAAGAAGACAGACCUCAUCUCAGCCCCGCACGCUCUGGUCUACUUCGGUAUUGUUAUCUUCUUUGUCUAUUUCAAGCUGUCAUCCAUCCUACUUGGCAUCCACGAUCCGUUCGUUCCGUUCGAGAAUCUCUUCUGCGCUCUGUUCAUGGGCGGUAUUUGGGACUCGCUCGCGAAACUGUUGGGCAAAGGCCAGCCCAAGGAAGAUAGCAAAGACGCUAAGAAGACUAAUUAGUUUAAACAUGUCGGCAUUAGUCAUAUAAUCAACUGACACCGGCUACAGACUGCGACGUUUAAGCACAAACAAAUAAAAUAAAUAAAAAAAAAAGUAAAACCCUAAAAGCUCAAAAAAAAAUGGCACAACGACCAAAGUUACAAUUUUUUAACUUUAAGUAUAACUAGUCAUUAAGUUUUUAAGUUUGACGUUUGAGCAAUUAUUACUGUGUUUUGUAAUGCCCAGUGAGAAAUGCUCUGAAUUUAUAAUAAUCGAUAUUAUUUUACAUUUUUUUUUUAUGUAUGCCUAUUUUUAUGUGUUACCUUCCAAUUGCCAAAAAAUUAUUAAGAAAUAUUAGCUAAGAUUGUUGAUGUAUUACAUUUUAUUGUAUUAUUUUUAGUCGUGCAGAUGCAUAAUAAGGUUUUGUUUCUAUAGAUUUUACGUAAUAAUGUGUGUUACAAUAGUAUUCGAACGUUGUACUUAGAUAUUUGUCUUUUAUUAUCGAAACGAAUGCCGAAACCGACUUCCUUUUUACAAAAUACAGAAUAAAAAUAUCAAUUUAAGUGAUUAUUGCUAUAAAUUUUAUAAUUUAUGAAAAAUCUGGCUGAAACGCAUGGGUGCUAGCGUCGAGGUACAUUUUUUUCUUAAAUUUAAAAAGUGUUUUUUUCUAUAUGACUCCCCCACAUUCGGGUGAUAUUGUCUUCCUGUCUAAUUGACGUAAUUGUCAAAACAAAAACCGUGAUAAAGGAAUGAAUAAAUUGUUUUUAUUA